AUGAGAAUCGGUUGUUUGCAGUUCGCGCCCCAGGUGGGAGAUGUUGACAACAACCUAAAUCGUGCGGAUGCCGUGCUAUCGAGAGCCAACCCCGACGAUCUGGAUGUUUUAGUCCUACCUGAGCUGGCUUUUUCAGGAUACAACUUCAAAUCACUGCAAGAUAUCACCCCAUUUCUUGAACCCUCCGGCUCUGGAAUCACAUCUCUUUGGGCCAGGACAAUCGCUCUCAAAUACAACUGUGUUGUCACUGUUGGAUAUCCUGAAAAAGUCGACGUUUCACCAAAAUGGCCUACUGGACCCGAAUAUUACAACUCGGUCAUCGUUGUCAACGGCGACGGCGAGACCAUUGCCAACUACAGGAAGUCCUUCUUGUAUCAAACCGACGAGACAUGGGCGCUUGAAGGCAUGGAUAUCAAUCCGUACAAGUUCGAAGCCCCUUGGCACGCCUUUGAGUUCGCCUUUCACGUUCUAGAAGUGGAAUCCAAUUUGGUCAUUGUCUCAAUGGCAUGGAUGACAAGAGAUGACCCACGACGAUUUACUCGUAUGCCCAACGAGCCUGAUAUGGAAACUUUGACAUAUUGGGUCAUGCGGCUUGAGCCCCUCAUUCGGUCCGACAACGAGGAUGAAAUCAUUGUCGUAUUUUGUAACCGUUGUGGAAACGAAGAUGAGGUUUUGUAUGCUGGGACUAGUGCCGUCGUUGGUAUCCACGAAGGCGAGGUCAAGGUUUACGGUCUUCUGGGCCGUGGUGAGAAGGAACUCCUCGUUGUUGAUACCAACAACUCGCCUUACGCCAAACUUGUCUAUCGACCAGAACCUGGAGGCUCUGGCAUGGAGGCUCCUGGCCAUCUUGAACAAUCCAAAAAACCAGACAGCAACGACAGGAACAGCAACGCUGAAAAUCCAAACAAUGCCCAGUCUAGCAACCAAAGCACCGGAUCUUUGAGCGGAAAAGAGAAGCCUAAGUCGCCAUCCGCGCCACUACCACCGCCCCCUCAGCUUCCCGAAGACUUUGCUUUAGAGUCCGAGAGCCCUCCCACAAAAAGGCGACACCCGCCAGAUAUCACCAUCCCCAAGGGCCCUACCGGAUCGAACCCCAAUUCGGCGCGCUCUCCCGGAGCACUUAGUCUCAACAUCCCGACACCGUCCGCUCCCAGCCCAACGCCCAUGGCUAUUAGACCGCGAUUGAUCAUUCCUGAGUCGCCUCCUAUCCUCCCUCACCAAUACCCUCCAGACCAUCCCAUCAGUGCUGCAUCCUUGAGAUCAGAAAGAUCCAUCCGAUCAGUCAAGUCUGAUCAAUCGGAGGCCUCAGUGAAGACUGUCCGCACGAAUCCACGACCACCAGAGGACAGUACCCCUUAUCCAGACAGUGGUGCUCCAUUGAGUGGUUACCCAGCAAAUUAUUCCUAUCCAGAGAAAGUCAUUUAUGGCGGCCAUGUCACCAUCGACAGUGCUGGGCCAUUCAGCCCAAACACCCCGUUCGAAGACAUGUCCCCUGUUUCGCCCGAACAAUACUACUGGCGGCCAUCUGGUAACAUGAUGAGAACACCACUCUCUGUUGGCGGAUGGACACCUGGAACACCCAUCGGGAGAAGGCCCGAGCCAUUUCCCUGGCCAGCUAUUACAGGCAACUCACGCACCCCAAACCCAAGUAGUGCUGUAGAACGGGUGAAGGACAAUGCGACGCCAAAAGACUUUCGACAACUCCCACCGCAGUCACCGCAGUCCAACUCCUCAUCGAACAGAACAACUAAGAGUGAAAGAUCUACGCGAUCUGCUCGUUCGGGAUCAUCUGUCAACUCUAAAGGUACCGUUCAAGGCUCUACGAAACAAGACAAGUCUCUGGCACGACCGUCUUCUCCCAAAUCUCGAAAUGCCAGCCGUUCCAGAAUGCAUGAACGCUCUGGUUCAGCACUUGGCGAUCGAGGAGCUAACGCUGCGAUUUCACUGCACCUGGAGGGCAUCUCUCUGCGAGCCGAAUCUGCCAGUCGUAUGCGGGCAGGUUCUGCUACUGGCACUCCUGUCGGCGAACGCGUCCAAUCUCCGCCAUCUAGGAACGGUAGCCGUUCUCGUGUCGGCGAAUCCGGAAAUCUCCAACCUGAAAAGCAUAUGAUUCGUAUUGCUGCCAGUCCCAGCAUCCUCGAACAGGAUCAGAGAAAUCAGUACCAGUCUCUGACGCGUGCAGCCCAUCAUCAACGGAGCAACUCUUUCGUAUCCAACCGUAAUCCUGCCGACAACGACCGUUCCAAUACGCCCAAGUCAGCUAUCGAAAUGGCACGCCCGGCAUCACGUGCCGCCAGCCGUGGACGAACGCCUGGCCCGAAGAAGUUUCCAACGAACGGGGUUGUUAAUCCUGCUCUUCCAGCUACGGAACGAGCCUCUUCUGCAGACUCAACGAGAAAUGAUAGACUCCAUAGUCGUGUUCAUCAACGUGGAACCGGCAGUCGACAAUCUCGGACUGGUAGGAUCUCAUCCGACCAUACCGUGCGUCGUCGGUCUGAUGAAGGUGUUACACAGGAGUUCGAAAGAGUUGAGGCCAUUCUAUGCCCCAAUUGCCCAGUACAUGGCCGCCGGUCUUCCUCCGCUGCGGAACAGAACAUCGAUGUUCCAGCACGCGUACCGCAAUCGCCUCUCAGAUUCCCUCCAACUCACCGGCCGGUGUCGAGCACUGGCCCGUCCCGCUACCUUGAACCCGAGCAGACAGAACUCCGCCGGGCAUCGUCAGGUGAUGCAUCCCAGCUUACCUUUAAGAAGCUUGUGCUUGAUCUGAGCGACGAUAAACAGUCGUGUUCUCAGAAUGAGGCUACUGAGACAAGCGACUGCGGGUCAUUCGCGGAAACACUCCAAACUGUCUCUACACCCGGUCGAUCUCCCACCACGCCGGCUUUUAACCCAUCCACACCAAAGGCAAUGAUCCUUAAUACCAAUGAUUUAGAGGUCGAAUCAUUGUUUGGCGGUAACCUAAAUGGUUCUGAAAAGACGCCAACAACCGGGUGUGCGGAGCUUGCCGCACAAAACACAUCAACCAAGUCUUCAAACGCAGUGGCAUGA